AUGAACAUGAUCUUUGAUGCCACUACUAUGGACAUUGUUGAUGAUUAUGAAGAAAGAACAACAUAUACAAUGGCCAAUGCUGUACUUCACGAGUGGGAAGUAACCUAUCCCAACUCUGGCAAUGGAAUCCAGACUCUAGUAACAAAGAUGGAUUUUGAGCAGACAACUACCAACGAGGAGACUUGUAUACAGGGUUCUGAUGUGGAGACUUUGGAGGAAGAAAAUGAAAAAACUGAGAAAAAACCUUACAAGCCCAGAGGCACUUAUUGCAAGUACAUGCCAGAACAGGUGCAAGGACUUUUUGAGUUAGUUAUUGAGAACAGAUGGACUGCUAAGAUGGCCACCGAAAAAAUGGGCAUUAAUGUUCGUACUGGCCAAAACUAUAUUGCCCAGUAUAGAAAAGAUGAAGAACAAUGUCUUCCUGGAAGUACAGGAAAAAGAAUUGUUGGCGCUCCUCACAAGCUUUUACAACAACAUUCAUUCUUUCUGAUUGCGUACUUUGAGAACAACGUUGCUGCAACUCUUCAGGAAGUACGCACUGCCCUGCUAGAAGAAUUUCAAGAUCUGAUGAUCACUCUGUCUGGCCUUCAAAAGCAUUUGGUGAAUAAGUGCUGUCUAACACUGAAGAAACUUGAGAAACUUCCUGCAGCUCGCAAUUCAGAAUGGGUAAUUCAGUUAAGAAAGAACAAGGUGACUGAAUGGCUUUCCAUUCCGGAUUUUGACUAUGUCAGAGACUGCGUCUUUAUUGAUGAGGCAGGUUUCAACAUGCAUAUCAAGCGCAACUUUAGAAGAUCCACCCGUGGAAAGCCAGCAAAAACAACAGCACCAACGCAACAAAGUGUCAGCAUUACUAUUCUUGGAGCUAUUUCCCAAAUUGGUGUAAUCAGUGUCACCCUGCGCAAACCACAGGCAGUUGUUAGCUCUAAGAAGCGCAAGUUAGAUAAGAAAGUGGAGAAGAUCAAUGGCCAUGUUGGAACCUGA